AGUCGGUUUUCACAUUAAACGAUCAUUUUAAGGGCGAACCAAUCAAACUGCAAAUUUAUACAAAUUGAUACUAAACGGGUUAUAUUAAUUUUAUAACAAAAAUUAAGUGUGUAAAUAAGUUUGAACGGAGUCGUAAUUAAAACUAAUUGACUGUAAUAUAGCGCUAAUUGUUUUGUAUUAAAGCGGGUUUUCGCCUACAAUUCGUCGUUUUUGACAUUUUUGACCGAAACGCAAGUUUUUUGGUGACGCGUUGGUGUUAAGAAUUUAAAUUAGUACCCGAACUGUGUUCCAAAGUUUCGGAUUUUAAUUGUGUUCGUUAUUCCUGAUGCGUCUGGAUGUUGCCGUAAUUUGUGCGUUUUGUUGCCGGGAUUUUGAGUGAUUAGUUGAGUGUGGGGUUCGAAAGGGCCGGAGGUGAGAGAGGAGAGAGUGUGGUCGAGCAGGAGUGGAGAGGAUGGCGGCAUAGGGCGCGGCCGGGAAGGGCCUUUCGGGGCCAUGCUUAACAACCUCACCGCUACAGCCUUAGGAGCAGGUCACAAAGAGUCGUGCUCGGAGGACAGCAAGCCGCACGAGAUCAAACCCAACGUCGAGCGGCACCAUGCGCUUGGCGCGCGGCUGCAUCUGGCGCACAACGUCCGACCGGAGCAUUUGCAAGGUGGUAUCCACCAGCAGCACGGCGGCGGUGGGCACAUGUCCACAGUGCCAGUCAGCAUGUCCUCCUCCGCAUCCGACAGCGACAAGCCAGCAAAGCAGAAGAGGCAUCGCACUAGGUUUACGCCAGCGCAACUGAAUGAACUAGAGCGGUGCUUUAGCAAGACGCAUUACCCCGACAUCUUCAUGCGCGAAGAGAUCGCUAUGCGGAUCGGACUCACCGAGAGCAGAGUGCAGGUGUGGUUCCAGAACCGUCGCGCGAAGUGGAAGAAACGCAAGAAGAGCACCAAUGUGUUCCGAUCGCCUGGGGCGCUGUUGCCCUCGCAUGGGCUGCCACCAUUCGGCGGGGACGUUUGUAGUCCUGGUGUGUUCGGGGACCGGCCCUGGUCUAUGCCAGCCGGUCUAGGUCAGCUAUCGCAAGGUGGCGUGUCGAUGGGCGGUUUCGGCGCUGGCGGUCUUCCCCAGCUGGCCGCAGACCUCAACCCGGCGCUACCCAUCAGCUCCGUCGCCUCGCAGUCCUACCAGACUCAUUACCCGCUCAACUCGCUCGGAGACACGAUGAUGUCGUACUGCAACAACAUCGGCGGGCAGCAGGGCGGCGGGCCGCUGGAGGGCUCGCCCACGCCGCCGCACAUGGCGCACUGCGCGAACAACAACGCGUCGCCCACGGCCGCAGGCGCGGACGGCGAGGACGACGUGUGGCGCGGCCACAGCAUCGCCGCGCUGCGGCGCCGCGCCUCCGAGCUGUCGGCCGCCAUCCCGCCCUACCUGCAGCUCAACUACGACGCGCACAGCCCCGUCUACUGACCGCCGCCCGCGCAGCACCACUAGCCUCCGACCGCCGCCGCAGCCGAGCCCCGCAGGCCUCCGCGAAGGGCGUCGGUCCCGUUGGCGACCGGGCCCCCGUUUCCUCGAGGAUCGCUCUGCAGUCCUGCCGCAACUGUCCAGUGGCAGUUCCCCGUUUGAAGCCGUUGAGAACUUUGAAAGAAGUGUCAUCUCCGACUGUUAAUGUCACAGAUUUGUUUCUCUCGUAAAGAAGUAUCGGUCGUCAUUCGCGUUGGAAUGACGGCCUGGACUGACUAUCCCUAACAAUUUUUGGCCUUUCAUUGAAAUUGCGAAAACUCCGUAUUUUGGUUGUGCAACUUUGUCUCUCCUAAUGGUAACUUUACGCAUCCAGGAUAGUGACUAAAAAAUAUAGAGUUCCAUUAAAUUUGUGAGCUGUAUCAAGAAUACAUGUAUACGCGUACGUACAAUAAAAACAUAGUUAUGGUUAGUAUAAGCUAUUUAUUCGUAAGUAUAUAAAGUAUUAAUUAGUACGUAACUAGAAUUGUAAUGACGUACUUACGAAGUUCGCUGUAUACCAUUAUUCUAGGAGAUUUUUUAUUUGUCAAAAUAAUCUUACAAGACUAUUGCUACGAUAGGAUUGCUAAAAAAAAGAUCCAAAAUUAUUUUUUAUUCCAAAAGAAAAUCGUAGAUUUUUCCUGUUAGGUCAAAAACAU